AUGUGUGCUAAGUUGAUGGCUUUAAAAAACGCAAAAUGCAAUCGGCGUUUCAUAAUAUCACUCCUACUACUAUUCCUAUUGCUCCUAUUCGCAUUAGAAUCAGGAGGUAGAGAUAUAAGUAGUGUGGACAGUAAAAGUGAGGGAAAACAUAAUGGCAGUAGUAGCAGCAGUAGCAGUAGUAGCAGUAGUAGCAGCAGUAGCAGUAGUAGCAGUAGUAGCAGCAGUAGCAGUAGUAGCAGUAGUAGCAACAACAACAGUAACAGUAACAACAUCAACAAACACAAAAACAACAAUAUCAGAUAUGAUGAUGGCUCUCUAAGUAAGUCGAACGACAGGGAGAAUUUGCAGGGUAAGAGCUCCCCAGAGUUUGUUAGUAGCAGUAAAGAGGAAGAAAUGAAAAAGGAAAAAAAGGAGAAUAAUGAGAAUAACGAAACAAGGGAGUAUAACCAAAAUAGCGAAAAUAAUUAUUUACCAAAAAAUGGUAAGAACUUGUCAAGGGGAGAGGAAGAACUGGACCCGGCUACGGACCAUUAUACCAAUUUCCAUGAAAAAAGUCAAGUUUUUCUUCCUGCAGAAUACACCCUCACAGGUAUGAAGGAAAAGGAAAAGGUGUUACAACGAAAUGGUAGUCUUAAGGAUGGUGUAGAUAAAGACUACAAGAAAGGAGGAGAGCAAAAAAUAAAGGAAAUUAAAAAUAGAGAUAGAAACAUUGAUGAAGGUGAAGGUGAAAAACGUAAGAAAAAACUGUCAGCGAAUUUUAACCUUCAUGGGAAGGGAGAAUAUGCGUUAAAUGGAGAAGAAAAUACAGUUAUACAUACGUUCAUCUCGUCAAAUAAAGAUGUAAAAUUAAAAAGUGAAGGAAGGAAAGUAGAUAAUAUGAAUAAUUAUACCAUUCAUAAGGAUGGUUCUAAAGAUAGGAUAAGCAGUAGAAUUGAAAGCGGAAAAGGUACGGAUGGAAGUGUUGGUAAGGAAGGUCCUUGUGAUGGGCUUAAAAAAAAGAAAAUGAUUGAGGAAAAGGAAGAGAUGAGCAGCACUCAGAGUAAACAAAAAUUAGUGAGUAGUAAAAGUAAUUUCUCGGCUACAAUACUAAAUGUUUAUAUGACUGAAAAUAAAAAUUUGUACACAAAUGUAAAAGUAGGUGAACAGGUUUUAAAAUUAUCCAUAAAUAGCAGACUAGAAGGAAUAUAUGUUUUUAUGAAAGACUCCCAAGCAUGUUAUAAGGAUGAUGAAAAGAAGAGUUGUUACAAUCCUAAUAUUUCUAGAAAUGCAACUUGGUGUAAUAACGAUUUAUUAUGUUUACCUGCUAUUUUAUCUAAACCGUAUGAAUGUUACAAUGAUAGCAAUUUAAAUAUUGAUAGUAAGGCAGCAUAUCCUAAUGUGUAUUAUGAUUCUUUAAAAUUUAGCGAAAGUCAUGUGGAAGGGUCUGAUGACGUAGAUAUUUUAGAUUUGCAGUUGUCGAGCAGGAGUGGAAGUGCAGACGUGAGGGGAAGAAUGGGCGGUGAUAACGCAUUCAUCGAAGGAGCAUCAAAAGUAGAACCAGAGGGAGCAUUAGAAGUAGCAUCAGAAAGAGGAGCAGACGUAUCAGAAACUGCAUCAGAACCAGGCGCGGAUGGAACCUUUUUCGAAAAUGCGGACAUUAAGUUAGUCAUUGAUUUGUCGCGUUAUAACAACUGGAGUUUGUUCAAAGACACGGAUGGUAUUUUCGGUAUUGCGGGCAAAGAAUUAAGUUGUAGGAACACAAGUGCAUGGAAUAAUAUCAUCGAAAAACAUAACUCCUUGUUCGCUAUUGAUAUUAAUUUACCAGAAAAUGCUAUAAAGAAAUUCGUUCAUGUAGAUGCUCCGAGUAGUAGCAAGAGGGAAGUUUUUCAUUUUACACACAUGAUGGAAGAUCUUCAUAAAAAGGAAAAAAUAAUGGGAAAUAUAUGUACUCAAGGUCUUAUUGAUGCAGGGGAUACCCGGGUUAUGACUGGCGCGAAAGGUGAGGAUGUGGGAGUGGGAGAUAAGAAGAAAGGGGAAAAAGAAGCAGCAGUAGUCAAAGUUGGAGUGGGAGUGGGAGAAGAGGGAGAAGCCGAAAAAGUUAACAUGUACAAAGAUAAAGCGGAGGGGGGGAAAUUACCUGGAGAAGGAAGCGUUGAGGGGAGUAAUGGUAAAGAUAACAUGAGAAUAGAAACAGAAAAGAGUAGAAGUGGUACUAGUAGUAGUGAUAAUAGCAGUAGUGGUAGUGGUAAUGGCAGCAAUGAGGGGAGUGUGGGGGAUGACCCCCCUUUGUGCAGGUCGGAAAUUCACAUAGGAGAUUACAAAAAAGAAUAUGGCGAAAUAAAAUGGGCAGAAUCGAGAGAACGGGGCGGAAUAUUUUCGGAUUCCUUUAUGCAGUUUACUAUAUAUAAUUUACAAGUAUGUAAUAAAAAUAUAUUUGGAAAGUAUAGUAGCAAUUGGCAAGGUAUUAUAGACUUAACUAGUAAGUGUCUAGUACUACCAAAAAUGUAUUGGCUAAGUUUAAUGGAGUACUUACCAGUUAAUAAGAAUGAUGAAAGGUGCGUACCAAAGAAUAAAGUUGAUGUAGUAUUUGAUGAGGAUUCGAUCCCUCGAAUGUGUUCAGUGGAUGAGAAAAACAGACCACUUCCUGUUCUAAAGUUUUACUUCUCUGACAACGAUGUUGUGAGUGAUAACAAUGUAUGCAGCGAAGACGUAGACAUGUUUAAGGUUAGAAGUCGUAGCGCUAGUGGCUCAAAAACUAACAUGCAGGAGAUACUCAUCCCCCUGGACAAUCUCAUCAUUAACGAGAACAGCAUAAAUGACAAUUACUUGUGUGUCAUUCCGGAUAUACACGAAGGGGUGACUAGCGAGAACAGCGGAAGGACAACGAAACCGUUGAUUAAGUUUGGGACAUAUGUAUUAAACAAUUUUUAUGUUGUAGUUGAUCAAUAUAAUUUUCGUGUAGGAUUUGCAAAUAAAAAAAAUUUUCAUUGGUCAGAUGAUAAAUGUACAAAAAAAGCAGAAUGUAUAGGAGAUCAGUUUUAUGAACCUGCUUUAAAUAUCUGUAUUGAUCCUGAUUGUUCUAUUUGGUAUUUCUAUACCUUAAAUGAUCAAACAAAAAAGUGUGAAUCAUUAUCUUCUCGUUUUUAUAUCUUUCUACUAAUACUCAUUUUUUUACUUAUACUCGAUAUACAAUCGUACUACUUCUACCGAAGGUCGGUGCAUGUUGCGAAAAUGUCGUCGCGUUGA